AUGGGCCGCAAGCGCGCGCUGGACGACGACGACGAGCGCCGCGACUCGCCGCGCGCGUCCUCCGAGAGCGAGAACAUCAGUCCGCGGCUGCUGGACGCGCAGGUGGGGCUGCCCACGCCUAUAGGCGGCCAUGUGGGCAUUGCCGGCGCUGGAUCCGAGCGCGGUCGCGUCACGGGAGCCGUCAAGAGCCGACGCCUGAGUCAGGACUUGGGCGAGACGCCCGCGCAGUUUGUAGCCAAGAUCACGGCGCUGUCCGGGCCCGCGUCGCCAGCUUUGCGCGUCUUCAUGAGCGAUGCGGAGGCUGCGCGAACCCCCACGGCGUUUGUGGGCAGCCCCUUCGAGCUAAAUAAGGCGGCGGGCAGACUGUCUAGACCCAUGUUCCCGCUAGGAGCACAGGCCCAAGGGCGACCGGUCAUCCCCACGCCUCUGGGCACACCUGGACGCGUGCCCGAGCAGAAGACGAGUCCGCCAGGGCAACUGAGGAGACUGGACGGAGGAAUUGCUGCCAGAACAGGAGGGCCGGGGGUCUCUCCCAUGGGGAGCCAGGAGCAGAAGAGCCCUGUACUGCAAGGCAGGCCUAUGAAGCCCGUGCUCAUGAAAGCGGGCAGCGGGGAAGUCCCACUCGCAGAUCGAGGACUACCCAUGGUAACGACGGCAAUAUCUAUUCCAUCAUUGGAGAGCUGUUGGGUGCUCAUGGUUGCCAUGUGA